CCUACUCUCUUUUCGAGUAUGACUUCAUAAAUAUCUAAAAAUCACUUGUGUAGGAAAACCAUUGUACCAUGAUCCAGUGUGUUAAUGUUUAUUCUUAGCCGUAUGAAAGCAUACUUAAUCAGACCAUUCGUAUUGGAUUUUCAUGGAUGAUGUAAAUACAAAAGAUGGAUAUUAAUUUAACUAAUCGUGCUCGACUGAAAAGUCUCAUCCGAAACGACGUUGCGGGUGUUAGAAUGGAAAACAAAAUAGCGGACUUAAAAGAUUUGCAAAGAGACAAAAACGAAGUAAUAGAAGCAAUAGAAUCAAUGAAACAACACAUUAAAGAAAUUACAAGAGCACUUGAACAAAUGGUCGUGUCUGCGCAAACUGUAGCAAAGAUGAAUUCAUCAUUUGAUCUACAUUUAGAGAACACGAGUCCAACUCAGGACAUUGAAAACGAUAAAGAUAUAAUACACGAGCUUCACGAAAAUGUUGAGGCAAACACAUCAUUUCAUUCCUCCGAUGAAGUGGCCGGUCGUCGUGUGGUAGAUGAUAUUGACUAUGAACAAGGAGAGUGUUCCACGAACAAUUCUGAUUGUCAAUCGAAUGACGAGACACCCGAAUGUAAUUCAUAUCCACUAGAACCAAACGAUGCGAACUGCACGUACAACUUUAGAGACAUCACCGACGACCUAACAAAUGACGAUUCUGAUAGCGAUACCAGUGUUCAAGACCAAAAUCAUAGUUCAGAUAUUGACAGCGUAGAAGCAGAGUGUGUAAUUGCCCCUGAAAAACAAAACACCACCGUAUGCAAAGUCAUUAAACCUUCACAAAGCACCGAUGACUGUGCACCAAAUUCCAAAAUUGUUGCAAGCGAAUCGGACUUGUCAACGAAUAAAGACAAAAGGUUUGACAGACCUUUCAACGAACUUGAAGAAUACAGCGAAUCCUCAAACGGCAAAAAAGGUCAGGAUUGCUUAACAGAUGGCGCUGUCUCCGGUAAAACUCUUUCAUCAAUGGUCCCAGUACACCGUUAUGCAUCUAAGAGACGUUCGGAUAAUAAUAUGCACACAACCAAUGUACCAUCUGUCCGUCGAAGUUGUGCCUUAGUACGAUACGCGAGCAUGAUAAAUCUCGUGUUUUUUAACAUGUGCAUUUCGUGUUAUUUCAGACAACAUCCUAUUGGCUAUUUAACGCAAUUGGUAGACAGAAAGGAUUUUAAUAGAUUCAAAGCAUGCGCGUUUACGUUAACACGUGUCUAUAUUAGAAAAUCAAGAUCCGUUUCAAAAAGAAGAAUCAAUUUCCAGUUUAGACUUGAUUUUAUUUCAAUGAACUGUUUGACACAUUCUAGUUUUGAUGCCAAAAUUGAAGUUGCCGUUCAAUGUCAACGACGAAUUAGAAUUUGUUUCAUCGUUGCUGAAUCAAACGUUGCGUCUAUGGUUCGUGUUUUGGAAAGCUCAAAAAAUAAAAGUGUAUACAAAAGUAUGGAAUCCUCUGCUACGUAUUACAGUAAAACGCGCCGCUUUGGUUAUCAUACAAGGUAUACGGAACAUGGGUUAAUAUGCAACGAAAUGGCUAUUAUUCGCAGUGUAAGUCCAUACCUGGAAAAGACCCCUAUUGGACCGUGUUUUGGAGGAAAACACCAUUCGAGUGAAGAUCGUGCACAUGUUAUGCAUUAUGAUGCUGCUCGCGAUACAGUCGGUAUGAUCGAAGGUAAAUCCCCAUCUUCAAAAAGUGUGAACGUGUAUGCUACAAAGGUCACUGCAGAUACUUUGUCUUUUUCUCAUCUGAUCGACAUAUACUGGUACAAAGCAUUGUCGGCAGUAGCACGAAGUGAAAGUAUCUGUUCUACAUAUGAGGUACAAACAAAUAUCUUGAGCACUUCGAUCAUACUCGAUACAACAGAACUAUCCAUUGACACAGAUAAACGAAAUGAAAUGGACUUAAGAAAGAAAGAAGAUUACAAUGACGUAAACGAAGUUACGGGCACAUGUCUGGCAAAGUUGGAAAAAACAGCAGAACUUUAUAGACAUUUAUAUUUUGAACAAGAACAACACAUGAUUUGCAAUGGAUUUGUUUAUCCUAUUCAAGAGAUGCAAGAUCUGCAAUUUCGGCGAAGAUCAUUUUUCUGCUAUAGGGGUGACGGCAAUCGUGACGAGCUAGCUGAACAUGGUUUCUAUCAUUGCCCGAACAUAAAUGCUAAGAGUACGAAGUGUUUCGCGUGUUUGAUAAUAUAUGAUGGAUGGACAACAAAUUGCAACGUGUCAGAAGUACACAAGAGGUUGUCACCAACCUGCCGUCUUCACAUAGAAAGAAGAACAGGCUAUCAACCAGUGCACGACCCAUGCAACGCAGAAUAUGAAGUUGCAAACGUAACAUUAGGUGCGACCAACUAUUCACCAAGAGCAUGGGCACUGGAGAACAACUUAGCCCAUUUUAUAGAUCUCAGAGCUGGUAGAGAACGGGGCACUGACGCAACACCUUCGUCUGCAAUAUCGCUAGCAGUUGAAAGAACACGAGGAUAUACCGUAGAUCUACAUCGGACAAGGGCCCCGCAAGCAGAUCACGAUGAACUUGACAUCAGGCCGGUUGUUAUAAUGUGCCACGGAUGUAACUCACAACCUGCAAAUAUUGUCCUACUCCCCUGUCGGCACCUUGUGAUAUGCGACCGUUGCGUUGUGGGAUUCAUCAGGUGCCCCGCCUGCAACACGCGAAAUGUCGGCCAUGUCCGCGCAGUUGUGUUCUGGUGAUAAAAUGGAAUGAAACAGAUGAAUUAAAGGUGUUGAGAAGAAGAAUAUAUACAAGUCAAGAAAUGUCAAGUACCCGUGUUACAUGCCUCGAACAAACAUGUUAGAAAUUCAAUAUAUUGUAGAUAAAUUUAAUGCAUGGAUGCACGUUAGUAAAUAUUAUAUCACAAAAUAUUCAGUGCGUUGAUCAAACAUUUUAUACCUGUGUUUCAUAUUACAAAUGUUCAUGUAUACUUAAUAUUUAUUAUAUAUGUGUGAUUUUUUUAAUUUGAUAUUUAUAUAAAGAAUGUAAAGACGUCUUAGUUGUAGUUGUAUUGCCAUAAUGUAGUUCCGCUUUUAUAUUAUUUUAAGUUACUUUUAUUUUUUUCAUAUUCCCAAUCAUUAUGUUAAUGUUACAAAUAAAUGUAUGCAAAUAAAGUGAUGAUGUAAAUAUUAUACGACAACAUUUCUAGUGCGUUGAUCAAAUGUUCAUACCAGUAUAUUUUAUUAGCAAAACUUUAUGUACAUUAUAAUAUUAUAUGUGUGAUUUUUUUUCAUAUUUAUAUAUAAGAUUUGCACUAGCUUAAGGUGUAGUUGUAUUGCCAUUUAUUAACAGAAUGUAGUUCCGCGGUUAUAUAAUUUUAAGUUAAUUUUAUUUCUUAUAUCCCCAAUCAUUAUAUAAGUUUUACAGAAACGAUGCCGACUUAAAAGAUGUACGGACACGAAGCGUAUACAUAAAGGUUUUUAUUUAAAUCUAGGCAAACUAUUAGUAACCGAACCAUACGAGCAACGUUAAGUCGAGUUUGAUUUCAUUUUCUUCUGCAAAAGUAUGAAUAUUUAACAAUUUAGAUUUAUAAACAUCUGGAAUACAACCCUAUGUAUUAUGACUUUUUCUUAAAAUGAAUUGAUACGAUCUAGAAUUGUUUACUUUAUGAGGAUGGAUUUUUAAAUCUUGUUAACAAGAACUUCAUUAUAAAUACACAUUUUUAUGUAAUACAUAAAUGUUUUCAGAUGUAUAAAAAUAUGAAAAUAUUACAUACAAGAAUACUUAUAGAUGUAUCACCAUUUCUUUUCUGUAGGUAACUAAAAUGCUCUGGUGAUUUUACACAAUAUGGAAUAUAAAGUCAUCGAUUUCAAUUAAUCCCAACUACAACACAUUGUUCGGAUAAAAUUCAAAUUGUCUAUGUAAUAAAUUUAUUGUAGUAUAUAAUGUUUUAAAAUAUAUUUUUUAACAAUUAUUUGUUUAGCUACAGAAUCAUUUAUGUUUUGCUUCUACAAAUGAAUUUUUAACAUCGAUUGUUUUUUAUAUACAUACUAAAUGCACGGCAUUUGAACUGUGUAGUAAAACAUUAAAUCGUUUUUCCAUAGCACAGGCUUUGACGACUUCAUUUGCAGACUAUCAAAUUACAAAAUAUCGUUCAUUAUUGCAUUUUUUCAUUAUGGAACAUAACUUAACUAUAAUACAAAUCAUUUGAAAUGAAAGUCUUACAUGCCUUGAGCAUGCAUGUUAGAAGUUCAAUAUAUUGUAGAUAAGCUUAAUGCAUGGAUGCUCAUAAACUAAUUAUGUUAAUAUUAUAUUACACAAUAUCUAGUGCGUUGAUCAAACUUAUUAUACCAGUGUAUAAUAUAAGAAAAACUUCAUGAAUACUCUAUAUGUAUUAUAUAUGUGUGAUUUUGUAAUUGUAUAUUUAUAUAUAAAAUGUACACACGUCUUAGUUGUAGUUGUAUUGCCAUUUAUAACCAUAUAGAGAAUAUUAUGUGAGUUUUGGAUAAAGAUCAAGUUUAUCAUGCGAGGCUUAGAACCGAUGUAGCGCGAGGCUUGCCGAGCGCUAACAUGGUUCGUGCCGAGCAUGAUAAACUUGAUCUUUAUCCAAAACUCACAUAAUAUUCUAUUUAUCCUAUUAUUUUGUGGUCGUUUAUCGUUCAAAAACAGUAAAAAUACUUUAAAAUUCAAAGAAACAGCGCUGGUUUUCCAAGUUGACUCCGAAGUGUUUGUUUACUUCAACGUCAUCAUUUGCUAUGACGUCACAUUGAAACAUAUAGUGUUCUUAAGAUAGAGGACGGAAAACCAUGGUCUAAAAAUAGCGAUAGUAUAAAGGUAAAGUUUAUACGAUCGUUGUUAUACUAUCGAUUUUCAUCUGGUAAUAGGAUAAAAUGUAGUUCCGCUGUUGUAUAAUUUCAAGUUACUUUUAUUUUUUCAUAUCCCAAUCAUUAUGUUAAUUUGACCAAUACAUAGAUGCACAUAAACUAAUAAUGUAAAUAUUAUAUGACACAAUUAUUAGUGCGUUUAUCAAACGUAUUAUACCAGUUUAUUUUAUGCUUUCCGGUGGUUUAUAGAGAAAUAUCAGUGAAUUAAAACCGAUAAUUUCACUGUUUCAAACAGUGAAAAUUUUCAGUCAAAAUUAUCGAUAAUUUUCACUGUUUUCUGUGAGAUGACGUCAUUUUUUUACGAAAUAACGUCAUUAUCCCAGCAAAAUUCUUUAGUUAAACUCUUUAACAAUGUAUAUAUACUGUGAAAAAAACAUAAAAUAAAAAGGAAAUUUGUUGGAUUCGGUGAAAUAUCGAUUUUAAUUCACUCGUUAUCAUAGAAAAAAUAUAUUUUCACUCGUGGCUGCGCCACUCGUGAAAAUGUUAUUUUCUAUGAUCGCUCGUGAAUAAAAAUUGAUAAUACACCGAAUCCAACAAAUAUCCUCUAUAUAUUUUAUUAGCAAAAUUUCAUGUACAUUAUAUAUGUGUGAUUUUUUUAUUUGAUAUUUAUAUAUAAGAUUUGCACUAGCGUUAGUUGUAGUUGUAUUAGCAUUUAUAACCAGUAUGUAGUUCCGCUUGUAUAUAAUUGUAAGUUACUUUUAUUUUUCAUAUCCCCAAACCUUAUAUAAGUUUUAACAAAACGAUUCCGACUUAAACUAUGCACGGACAAGGAAAGUAUAUAUAACGGAUUUUAUUUAAAUCUAGGCAAACGCACCAACGUUAAGUCUACAUGUAGUUUGAUUUAUUGUUUUGUUGGCAAAAGUAUAAAUAUUAAGAUAAAUUGAGGCGAUCUGGAAUUGUUUACUUCGCGAGGAUGGAUGCUUAAAUCUUGUUAACAAGAACGUUUGUGACUGAUAAUCGCAAGUUCAUUUCAUCGUGCCUUAACAGUUGUAAUUUUGUUAACAUCGUGAAUUUGGAACCAAUUCGAAAGAAAAUUAAAUGUAAUUGAAUUAAUAUACUCUUGUAUUCUUUUACAUUUGAUUAAUACUGCAUUGAGUUUAAUGAUUAUUUGCACUUGUGUUUUUAUUAACCCCAAGCGAACACGGUGCAUCUGCAAAUCGGUCAAAGCCCACAACGUUUCUAAUAGACCACUUCAAGGCGAUAGCCAGAGAUUUAAUCAGCUAUAAAUUUCGAAAAAAAAAAGGAAAGCUGUUUUGCUCGCUUGUUUUUCAGGACAGACAUGACGAAUUUUAUUCAACGUUCAAUGCGUAUUAAAAGUAUUGACAAGACCCGAUACGUCAAGUUUGGUAAUAAUAAUUGAGUAAUUGUUCUAAACUACGUACUCGAUACCGAGAAAACAAAUAACGCAAAUAUUGAAACUUGUUAACAAGAAAGAUGAAACUGAUCUCGUCUGCAUAUGGGGUAUUUUGGAUGCAGGUCAUCGGUCAUUAUCACUGUUGGUAAAUAUAGAAAAAUAUGUUUAUUUUCAAGAUAAAGGUUUAUGUGACUCGAUUGAUAUGUUCAUAGUUAAAAAAAAAGAAAUCACUUGACAUCUAAAGUAACUUAUCUACUUAACAGACUGUUUGGUUUUGAAAAUAAAACGCCAAAAGCUCUUACAAGAACUAGAAAAGUAGACGCAUUGUCCAUCCGACAGCCUUUGUUUUGUUAUGUUGCGAGAUGUGUGUAUUUUUCUAUAUUGCAAGUGGUCACUUUCCUUACAAUAACGACUAAACGUACGUAUAUAAUGGUUUGUCAUUGCAUGCUUUCUUUACUAUUUGUCAAGUAUACUUGCAGUUUUUCUGAUUUCAUGCAUACUGUGUGCUUUAUUUAUGCCGACUGUGUGUUUUCAUUGUCGUGUUGUUGCUAAUUUACAUUUAUCUAAAUAAAAUUAACCUUGUGUAAAAUAGGCUUUACAGGCGCAAUGUAGAGAAUCACAUUUGAUGUGAAGAUAAACCGUUAUGACGGUCUAUUUUUCAACUUUCGUCAUUAUAAACACUCAUUUUUAUGUGAUACAUAGAUGUUUUCAGAUUUAUAAUAAAAAUAUGAAAAUAUUACCUAAAAGAAUGAUAAAAGAUGUAUCGAUGUUUUUUUUCUGUAGGUAGCUAAGAUGCUGUGGUGAUUUUUUUUACACAAUAUGGUAUGAUAAGUCAUCGUUUUCAUUUAAGCUCACCAACACAAAUUUGCUAUGAUGAAAUUCAAAUUGUUUAUUUAAUAAAUUAAUUGUAAAAUAUAUAAUGUUUAAAAAAAUAUUUUGAACAACUAUGUGUUAAGCUUUAGAAUCAUGUAUGUUUUGCUACUAGACAUGCUACUACUUUUUGACAUCGAUUUAUUUAAUAUAUGUUAAAAUAUGUUUAUAUAGAUACUUUAUGCACGGUCUUAAACUGAGUUGUAAAACAGAGACGUGAUAAAAUCGUGUUUUCAUAGGACAAGCUGUGGCGACUUUAUUUGCAGACUAUCAAAUUACACAAUAUUGUCCAUUAUUGCAUUUUUUUCAUUAUGAAACAUAACUUAACUGCGAUAUUAUUGAUUUCAAAUGCUACAUGCCAUGAACAUAUAUUUAAGGAGUUCAAUAUAUUGCAGAUAAGCUUAAUGCAUGGCUACACAUAAACUUAUAAUGUAAUGUUAUAUAACACAAUUUCUUGUGCGUUGAUCAAACCUAUUAUACCAGUGUAUUAUAUUAACAAAACUUCAUAAAUACCAUAUAUGUAUUAUAUAUAAGUGAUUUUGUAAUUGUAUAUUUAUAUAUAAAAUGUACACACGUCUAAGCUGUAGUUGUAUUGUCAUUUAUAACCAUAAUUAAGUUCCGCUUUUGUAUUAUUAAAAUUUACUUUAAUUUUUUCAUAUCCCCGAUCAUUAUGUUUAUUUUACCAAUACAUUGAUGCACAUAAAUUAAUGAUGUAAAUAUAAUAAAAUUUCAAGUGCGUUAACCAAACAUUUUACACUAGUGUAUUUCAUAAGCAAAAUUUCAUGAACAUAAUAUACAUGUGAUUUUUUCAAAUUGAUAUGAAUAUAUUAGAUUUGCACUAGCGUUAGUUUAAGUUGUAUUGCCAUUUACAACAGUAUGUAGAUCCGCUUUUAUAUGAUUUUAAGUUACUUUUAUUUGUCAUAUCGCUCAAUAAUUAUAUAAGUUAAACCAAAACAAUGCCGACUUAAACACUGCACGGACAUAUGUUAAAUUUGGUCAAUAUAGAAAAAGAUUUCCUCUCACGAUUAAGUUUUAUUUGACUUGUAUGAUAUUUUAAAAGUUAGGAAAAAAAAUACUUGAUAGCUCAAGUAACUAAACUACUUAACAAACUGUUUGGUUUUGAACAAAAACGCCAAAAGCGCUGGCAAGAACAAGAAAAGUAGACGCAUUGUCCAUCCGACAGCUCUUGUUUUGUUAUGUUGCGAGUUGUUUAUGUUGUCCUUUAUUGCAAUUGGUCACAUUCCUUAAAAAAACGACUACACUUACUUAUAUAAAGGAUUGCCAUUGCAUGCUUUCUUUACUAAUUUUAAAUUAUACAUGCUGUUUUCUGAAGUUAGUAUUGAUUUCUUGCAAUUUGUGUGGUUAUUUAUGCAGAUUGAGUGUCUGCAUUGAUGCAAUGAUAAGUCAUCGUUUUCAAUUAAACUUUUUAAAUUUAUUGUAAGAUAUAGUUUUUUAAAUUUUGUUUUAAACAAUGAUUAGUUAAGCUAUUGAAUCGUUUAUGUUUUGCUUCUACAAAUGAAUUUUUAUCAUCGAUUGAUUUGUUUGUAUACAUAUUUAGUGCAGGUCUCAAACUGUGUUGUUAAACAGAGACUUGAUAAAAUCGUGUGAACAAGCUGUGACGACUUCAUUUGCAGACUAUCAAAUUGCAACAAUAUUGUCCAUUAUUUCAUUGUUUUAUUAUAGAACGUAACUUAGCUAUGAUAAAAAUAAUUUAAAAUAAAAUGUUACAUGGCGACUAAAGUUAUAUUGUGGGGGCUGAAAUUACAUUAGUCUUUCAUGUAAAAUAGUUACAUUGCUUGGGAACUCUGUGUUGUGUAUGUUCGGGUUGACGUACACGCUAGUUCAGAUUGACACUUAAUUAAACGAUGGAACAAGAUAUGCAUGAACAUUUAGCAUUUAAUAUGUGAACAAAUGAUGUAUGAUAUUUCGUUAUAUAUUCUCAAGAAAUGUUGCACUAUCUAGUUUGGAUCGACAUGAAUAUUCCGAAUCAUGAUAAAUAAUAUAUUUAUAAACAGAUCAUGAUUAAGGCUAUUUUUUCACUUAUCAUUAUUUUACAUACUUCAUAAUACUAAAAAAUGUAUUUGCACUCUAUGAACUGUUUUUAUAAGGAUUAUGCAUACAAAUCAUGUAAUUCGUCCUGCUUUACUUACGUGUAACCAUCUAAUAUGUUUUUAGUAAUAAAACGUUUUCAAAUAGAUGUACAUGAUUGUUUUAUUAAAUAAUGAUUAUAAUAUACAAGACAAGGUUAGGCGUACAUGAAUGUAUGGAAAAAAUGAGCUCACUUAUAACGUGCAUAUUUGUUUAAAGAAGCAUCAAUUUUCACGACAAAACUACUUGUAGAGUGAUCAUUAUCAAAUGUUGAGUGCCGAUAUUUUCGGUAAUUUAUACAACGUUAUGUGCUAAAAACAAUUUCAUAAAUUGUUAAAUUAUGGAAAAUAUAUUUGCUUUUCAAAUUUAUCUUGUGAAACCAUAUGUAUUAUGAAGUUUUCUUUGUUAUAAAUAUAACAUCAUAAUAAAUUUCGUAUAAAUGGA